UCCCCCUUUGCCGCCAGCUGUUGCAGCCGGGCUGGUGCCGCGCCCGGGCGGAGCGCGCGCGGAAAGUCAGACCCUGGGGAAGGGGGGGAGCUGAUCCUGCGCCCGGACACACACACACACACAGAUUGCACCCACGCCCUGCUCUUCACUUCACUUCACUUCGCAAUGCUGGGUCCGUUUGCACUCAAAGGAAUCCGCACCACGAACGUUUCUGUAUGCCCAGAAAAUAUGGCCGAAGCUCCAGCUAGCUCUCCCAAAGUGGUCCUUUUCCGCCAGAAGAAGCGAGGGGGGCUGACCUACCGCAUCCCAGCCCUCCUCUACCUGCCCUCCGAAUCCACCUUCCUGGCGUUUGCAGAGGAGAGAUCGUCACCCCGAGACGAAGACGCCAAGUUUCUGGUGAUGAGACGCGGGCAGAAGAAGGAAACAACGGUCCAGUGGGGUCCGGUGGAGGCGCUGGAGACCGCCAUGUUGCCCGGCCACCGCACCAUGAACCCUUGCCCGGUUUAUGACAGAAAAACUGGCACCAUUUUCCUCUUCUUCAUUGGCGUCCAGACCUACAUUACAGAGGGGCACCAAAUCCGGACGGGGAGGAACGCGGCCAGGCUGUGCUACGUCUCCAGCCAAGACGGCGGCCACACCUGGAGCCAGGUGACCGACCUGACAGACCAGGUGAUUGGGGACGACUUGAGAAACUCCACUUUUGCUGUCGGGCCAGGCCACGGCGUCCAGUUGACCUCCGGGCGGCUGGUGGUUCCGGCCUACGCCUACUACAUCCACAAGCGUUUGUUCGGCCGCCCCCUGGGCUGUUGGAUCAAGCCCCAUAGCUUCACCUUCUACAGCGACGACGGCGGGAGACACUGGGCCCGGGGCCAGCUCCUCAAAACCUUGCGCACCUCGGAGUGCCAGGUGGCGGAGCUCACCUGCCCGGACAAUAGCCAAGUCUUGUACUGCAGUGCCCGCACCCUGCACAAGUACCGGGCGGGCGCAGUCUGUGUGGACCACGGAGACCAAUUCGUGAACCCCUCCCUGUGUAAAGAGCUGUACGAGCCCCCCCGGGGGUGUCAAGGGAGCGUGGUGAGUUUCUCCCCCAUGCUGGAGUCCCUGGAUCUGAGUCGGCAGGAAGAGGCUCGCAAACCGACUCCUCGGGCAUCGGAUGCCCAGCCGUUCUCGGCCUCCCUCAAGAGCGCCGCGUCGUGGCUGAUUUUCUCCCACCCCACCAACAGGCGCACGCGGACGGAUCUGGGCAUCUACUUGAACACGUCCCCCUUGGAUCCGGGGUCGUGGAAAGCCCCCUGGGUGCUGAACCCGGGGCCCAGCGGCUACUCGGACCUGGCCAUCUGCGAGGAGGGCAACGCGCAGAUGUUCGGCUGCCUGUUUGAGUGCGGAGCGUCCUGCGAGUGUGAAGAGAUUGCUUUUCGGCUGUUCACGGAUGUCGAGCUCUUGAGGAACGUGGGGGAAAGUUGCUCCGGCCCCCGUUCGCCCCCAGAGGCGUAGGUGCCCAAGGCCAACCUCCAGAAGACUUUCAUCUCACGGACAGACACCUUUCUUCUUUGCCUUCGCUCCACCGUUGGCUUCCUUGUAGGACGUCAAGACUUUCACAACAGGAGCUGCUGCCUCUGGCCUUUGUCGUUGGGUGCCUGGAACAACGCACAAACUUCUACGGAAGUUCACCGAUCGAUCCAAACGGGGCAGUCGCAAGCCAAAGAUCCUUCCGUGACCUCAGGGGUUGCCACGCAUGACCGUCAGCUGUGAUCUUGUGACAGGCUUGCCGUUCAUAUUUCAGGGUUACAGUCAUUAUAGCCAGAGCUGUGUGGAAUUUGUAUAGUGCCUCUCCCCCCCACCCUUUUUGGCUUCUCCUUUUCAGUUUUAAUGAAGCAGUUUCUUAAAGCUGCCCCAGAAACAGAUUCAAAACAGACAUUUUGUCCCUGUCGCUGUUCCUUGUGGCUGUUU